AUGGUCCAAGAGCUUGGGAUCUCUUGUUCAGCUCGAGCUCUCCAUGAUCUGGUGAAGAGAGAAGUUCCCCAACUAGUUUUCUUAAUGGAAGCUAGGUUAAGUUCGUUUGAGUUCGAAUAUAUUAAAAGGAGAAUUGGUUUUCCCCUUGGUCUGAUUGUUGAUUCAAGUGGAAAAGCAGGGGGGAUUGGCCCUGCUAUGGCAAAGAAAUUUUCACAUUGA